UCCGAGCUUACGUGAACACAGCAGCAGCACAGUGGGCUAGUCGCUAUCAGUAGCCACAUCACCAGCCAGCUCCCCCAACGGCUGCAGUUACAGGUUCCGCGCUUUGACGAAGACAGGGGGACAUAUCCUUAGAAAGAGGCCAGGCCGGGAACCUUCACACGGGACAGCAACUUCAAUCUCAAACACACAGACGCAGACAUGGUGGAAUACUACCAGAUAUUAGGAGUCCACAAAAAUGCAACGCAAGAUGACAUCAAAAAAGCUUACAGAAAAUUGGCAUUAAAGUGGCAUCCCGACAAGAACCCAGACAACAAGGAGGAAGCAGAGAGAAAGUUCAAAGAGCUGUCAGAGGCAUAUGAAGUUCUUUCAGAUGAAAACAAGAGGAAUGUUUAUGACCGGUACGGUAAAGAAGGCCUCUCAGGGGGAGGAGGAGGAGGAGGAGGACAUUACGAUCACUUUGGUGGUAGCAGCUUCACAUUCCGUAAUCCCGAGGACGUUUUCAGGGAAUUCUUUGGAGGCAGAGAUCCAUUUGCAGAUCUUUUUGCUGAUGACCCCUUUGAUGAUUUCUUUGGUGGAGGUCGCAGUCGUCAGAGGGGUGCAAGUCGAAGCAGGAUGGGGGGAUCGCUCUUUGGUUUUGGAAGCUUCCCAGCAUUUGGGUCCAGCUUCUCAGGGUUUGAUUCAGGUUUUAGCUCAUUUGGGGACAUGGGCGGAGGAGGGUUCACUUCCUUCUCUUCUUCAUCAUUUGGCAGUGGCGGAGGAGGAGGAGGAGGAGGAGGAAUGGGUAACUUCAGAUCUGUGUCGACCUCCACCAAGUUCAUCAACGGAAGAAAAAUUACAACAAAACGAAUUGUGGAGAACGGCCAGGAGCGGGUAGAAGUGGAAGAGGACGGUCAGUUAAAAUCUCUAACAGUAAAUGACAUCACAGCUGAUGACUCUUUGGAGGACGAGUUCCGUCGCCGCAGACAAAACGCACUCCCCGGCCUCGCCUCGCACCAACGCUACCUGAGAAACUCCGCCCAAAACCCCUUGGAGGAAGAGGAGGAGCACGGCCUACAGAGUCUGGGACUAACAAGAGGACACACAGACAACAAGAGGAAGAAACUGUGGCUAAAGGACGCCGAGUCCAAAAAGAAAAGAGCUCCUCGACUCUUCCCUCGCUUCGGCGGACUUGGUGCCUUUUUUUAAACACCCACCACCAAACACCUACACAAACAAACACACACAUAUACAAACAUAAAUAUGUAUAGUUGUUGGCAGAAGCUCCAUCCAUCAUAAGUGGCAUUAGUUUAUCUUCGCUGUGCAGUUCAGAGCAGAACUCCAGCCUGCUUUCAUCAGCCAAACAUUAGCUUGCAGAGACCUCACUUUAAUGUUUUGUUGUUUUUCUUUUGUCCAAGAAACAUUUUGAUUAUUAUAAAGCUUUUUUAUUGCUGUAUUUAUUGUGGGUGGAUGUAUAGUGAGCGUUUAGAAUCGUAAGCUAUCUCCCGUGAUUAGACUUUGUCUUUCUACAGCACUUGUUUUUUAAAUGAAGUGAAAGGAAAUCUGUAGUCUGUCUUGUUUUUGAUAAGCUGGAAAAUAACCGAGGUUUGAGCAUGUAAGAACAGGUAAAAGGUUGAUCUAUUCAGAAGAAGCGACAAGUGGAGGAGGACAUGGAGUGGUGCAGCAGUGAGUCCUAAAACCAAGGAGGAUGUGUUCACUUUUUAGCACUUAGAGUUCCAUCGUCUCAAAGUCUGUGGGAUUUCUGAAUGACUUUACAUAAUUGGUAUCAUGCCAAACAUGUAAACUCAUCUAGGUUAGACUCGCAGUUGACAAAGCCGUGAAGUAUUGUUCAUUUGUGAAGAUUUUUCUUGAUGAGCAACGCCUGUAAAUGUCAAACUCUUAGCUACUUUUUAGCUAAACCACAGAAUAAAACCCUGACUUUUGGUUGACGGGACCCUUGUGAUGCUGACUUCCUGGCUGGCCUACAUAAAUACGUCAUCCUUGCAGCACUCCAUGCGAGGAAUGAGAGUGAAACUGAUGGAAAGCAGUGAGAAGAGAGUUUGUUUUCUAGAAAGAGAUAAACAUCAUAUAUUAAAAGUAACACUCUGGCAGUUACAUUAUCCACUCCUUCACCACAACUCCCAUGAGGUGAAAAAAGCUAUUAAGCCCCCUCCCAAUGUCAUUAUUUCUUCUGUUUUUGUUUUGUAGGAUUCAUUGUACUGAAGGGAUAUAAAAUGUUAAAUCUUACAAGGCUGCUUUUGUAAAAGCCAAAAUCUUGUUUUCUUCAUUUGAGUCGUCCUUGGAUGUUUGUUCUUUUGAUUUCUGGAAGUAGGAAUGAAGAAAUAUCAAAGAAAUGUUCAUUUUUUAUGGACUCUUACCAAUAAAUGCAUUAAGAAAACA